CACACCGCAGCCAUCUCCUCGGUGGGUAAUUCCCGAUCUUGCGGUGCACCGCAUUUCCUCGUGGCCACCGCGUCUAUAUGAGCGCGCGGGCUGGCGGUUUUCCUCCAGUGUCUCCGAGAACCCCUUCCAGUGAGUGUGGACGCCUUGCCUCCCGGGAUCCGUGACAAGCUGUGAACAUGGCUUCCCACACGGCUCCGAACAUCCUGAUUGUUCUCCUGAUGACUGUUGGUGCUGCCUUGGCUGCAAGCAUCCUGGAUCCUGUGCUGCCAGAAGACGUGAGGGAGGCAGGUGUGGUCUCUGCGAUGAUCAAGUUGAAUCGCACCACGAAGAUGUUCGGGAACACUUACCAGCAAGCGCUCCUGCUCUACAAGGAUCACAGCGAGGACAUUCGCAAACUUGCGGAUCUGGUAAACGAACUCAAAAACGAAAUCAGAGGAAAAACGCAAAAUAAUGAAGACGUAAGUCCAAAGGUAAAAGAACUCCUGGAAGAAAAUGCUAUCCUGAAAAGAAGACUAGCAAAUAUCUCGAAAGAGCUGUCCCAUCAGAAAGAAAAGUGUAACAGGACGCUGGAAUUACUGACACAACAACUAAACGUCAAAAAUUUGGUGGCGGACUACAAUCUCACCAAGAACUGGAGGAAACUGCGCAGCGGGCUGGGCGACGUGCUGGACCACUCCAGCCCGGCCUUCAGCCAGCUCAUGGCCGUGUCGGAGAGCGAGGAGUACGCGCCCUGGCAGAUCGGCUACGACGGCCACCGCGAGCUCACCGCGGUCCUGGUGUAUGCUGGCCGUGGCCUCAACAUGGUGGACGGCUCCGGCGACAACCUGCUCCACGGGUCGGUCGCCGGCGGACAGCUGCCCUUGGUCGAGGAGCUGCUGGACGCCGGGGCUGGCAUAGAGUCGCGCAACUCCUGGGGGAACGCGCCCUUGGCCCUCGCCUGCAAGUACCGGAGGCUCGAGGUGGCGCGGUACCUGUGGCGCCGCGGAGCUGACGUCGACGGCAUCAACUACGACGAGCGCUGGGCGGGGCUGGCGCGUGCUGCCGACAAAGGAUAUCUAGAGAUCGCACGAUUCAUGGUCGAGGAGGCGGGAGCGAACACGACGCUGAAGGACCGUGAGGGGUUGACGCCCUUGGAGCUGGCGCGUCGCAAUGGCCACAACGAUGUCGUGGAGUACCUCUCGCAGUACCCGCACUAAACAUUUUGAGUUCCUGUCGCAAUAACUACAGCAAACUCUAAAUCAAUAUCUUGGAGUACUUCUCGCAGUACCUACACUAUACUCCAGAGAAACUUCGAGGGAUAGUUGUAGCAGUUAUUGUACUAAACUAUACACAGAUGCCGCGAAGUACCUGUCGCAUUAAUCACACUUGACACAUGUCGUAGUACCCACACUAUACUGUAUGCCGAUGCCGCGGAGGAUUAGUCGCAGUACCCUAAUUUUUAAUAUAUGCCAAUGUCGUUUGUACCUGUCUAAGUUCCCGCAUUCAACUUCAUGCCAGUAUUGUGAGGUACAUAUCACAGUACUCGCACUAUACUAUAUGUGAAAAACAUGCAGUACUUGUCGCAGUACCCACGCUAUACUAUUCGUCGACAUCCUGGAGUACUGUCACAGUACUCGCACUAAACUUUACAUCGAUAUUGUAGGAUACUGUCACAGUUCUCGCACUAAUUAUUACAUGGAGAUCGUGUAGUAUAUGUCUCAGUACCGGUAUUGGAUUCCUCUUUUCCUCGUCAAAUGUUUCAAAAAGUGUAUUUACCAUUGUAAUUGACAUUUUCAGCAAUAUAUUCUCACAGAAGAAUUAAAGUGGUUAUCUAACAAA